AUGUUCAUUACAGUGAGAUAUGGAGCCGACUGCCAAGAGAUUGUGAAUGUGCACUGCCGGGUCCUGAGCCUCACCAUGCACCUGAAGAAGAAAUGCCAGUGCAGGCCAGAAGAUUGCAUUGAUCUUCUGGAUGAAUCGGGGACCCUGAUGAACCUGAGCGAAGUGAAAAGUCCUGCAUCUGAGCUGGCCAGUAAAUACCUACAGGAGAGGCAGCGCUACAUCCUCAUCAGAGUCAUUCGAGGAGAAGGCUCGGAAUCAACCUACUACGAAUCUCUACUGGAGAACCUGGAAAACCACCACCCUGAGCUGGCAGAGCGGCUGCAGAAGUUACCAGCACACCCUCAGCUGAAGGACAACACGAGGAGGAGUUCCAUGCAGAGAAAGUUUCGCCCACUUAAGGAACCACUCCUGGGCUCCCCAGCCAAAGUCAGAAGCACACAGCAGAGUAAGAAAGGCUCUGCUCUCUCCAGUAGGCCCACCUAGGUAGGGUAUCAGCCCUUGCGGGAACAAGGCCUCCAGCAGUUUGGAAACAUUUUCCAGAGACCCUACGCAGGGUCAAUGUAAGAUAGCCAGGUGUCGUCAAACUGUAGGGGAGGAUGCAAGAGGCCACUGCUUUAUAAGCAGCACACUGCAUCCUCCUCACAGCCAGACUGAACCAUAAUCAGAGACCCCCAGAACCUUUUUAAAUGGAAGGCUAGCUAGGCUCAUGCCACCCUCUGAAAAAGAGUUUAGGCCUGUCAGGGUAACAGACUA